AUGGAGAAAAUACAGAAAGAUAUAUCGCAGACGCUUUCUUCCGGUUUUUCUGAAAAAGAAGCUCUAGUAUUCGGACGAUCAUACUUGAUACCUGCUUCUUCAAAGCCGAUUAGAUUGGAGCAACAGACAAGGACGGAAUUAAUAGCGUUGCUUGAAAAGAACGAAAAGUUGUUGAAUGACAAAGAGCUAUGUUCAAAGUUAAAAGACGGCGGAGAGAAAUUACGAACUACAAAUGCACGUAUACGAGAACGAUUACAAAAAAUCGACACGGUUACUCGUUCGUCUAUUGACGAGUCGUCGAUGAGAAAAAAGGACAACGGUUUCACCGAAGAGUUUUCUAACGACUUGGAAUCACAGUUUAGAAAGUUAUCAUUGAACUCAAAUAUGAGCGGAAUUGGAAAGGGACCGAGAUAUUACAAUGUUGUAAAGACAAGGCUAUUAUCCGUCGAUGAAGCCGCGGCCAUUGAAGAGAAGCAAUUUAAGGCCGCUCGAUUGCAUAGAGUAAAUGAAAAAAGGGUUUCCGCUGUCUCGUAUAAGGUCGAUUUUGAUGGAUUUCGGGAUAGAGCGGACGAUGAUUCCCUUGAAUCAGAUUAUCUUGGCGAAGCAUUUUCCUUAUUGCAAGGAAAGACGUUGCUGACAAUCUUUAAACAAUCAUCUGCAUUUUUUGGUGAAAUUUUCUGCUGUAAG